AUGACUCUCACCACCUUCUUUGGGUGCGCAUUCACAGCCUAUGGACCCUCCUUAGCCAUCUUCUUCGGGAGCAUCGCGCCCAACGCCCAGCUCGUCAUUCUCAUGGUCUCCAGUCGGGCGGAGAGUGGCCUGAAUAUGGUUGCGAUGCAUCCAAAGUCGAGGUUCAACCGGUCAGGAUACGCAUUUGCCGCAGGACUGGGUUUUGGUUUGAUGUUUGGCAUCAUCUCCUACAUCACCCAGCUCGUCGACUCCCUAGGUCCUGGAGUCAUCAUGUGCGAGUCUUGCAAAACCGUCUCCCUCUACUUUAUCUCUGGAUUCACAAACCGAUCAUGGCUCCGGAUCGCAUGGGUCGUCAUUACCCACUAUGGCGCCUCCUACCUCACCAUCCUCAACAGUAGCCCGACCAUUAACUAUGGAUGCGCGUACCAGAUCAUUGGGAAUGUUGCGCUGUUGAUUGCUUCUACUAUUAUUGUCUUUGCAGAUAUGCGACAACUCCAUCAAAAGCUGUCAUAG